UGUUCUGUGAAACUGACAUGAAACUGAUCUGUUACAUUUGUAGAGAUUCGGGAGGACACAAAUCUCACAGUUUCAUGCCCAUCAAAGAAGCGGUGGAAAUGUACAAGGCAAAAAUAGAGAGCAGCUGAAAUCUUCUUUACAAUCUCUGAUUGACAAGAGAGCGCUGUUUCUACACACGGAACUGAAGCAGAUCCGCCAGAUUUCUGAAGUUAAGGUAUGUCAACCAACUCCCCACCACACGCCCCCACCCCCCACUCCCUUCUGGGUCUCCUACUCCCUCUAUCGCGGUACAGUACAUGAUCUUUGUUCUCCUCCACCUCCCCCCUCCCCACAAUUGCAUUGGGCAGGAACAGGCGAACUGUCUGCAGUUGCACAUCACAUCCCAGUUCGCUAAAAUGCACCAGGUUCUCGCUGAGAAAGAGCAGCCUUUGCUCAGAGAGCUCAGGAGGGAAGAGGAGAGGAUUCUCGACACGAUGGGGAAGAACCUUGGAGAGAUUCAGGAGAAUUUAAAUUCAAUCCAGGAGGAGAUUACAAAGAUGCAGGAACAGAUGGAGCAGCAAAAUGGAGUGACAUUUCUGAGGGUGGAAAAAGGUCGGAAGACAAGGUCUGAGGAGGAUUAUUCAAAGCUGGCUUUAGUAUCUGAUGAACUCCCUCUGGGACAGUUCAAUGGCCCAUUGCAGUACACGGCAUGGAGAGAAAUGCUGGAUACUAUCCACCCUGCCCCAGUCUCAGUGAUUCUGGAUGUAGACACAGCUAAUCCUUGGCUCAUGGUGUCUGAGGACCGGGCCAGCGUGAGACUGGGGAACGAAGAGCGGGAGCUCCCCGACAUCCCGCAGAGGUUUGACCGCGGUGCUUUCGUCCUGGCGUCGGAGGGGUUCACGUCUGGAAGGCACUACUGGCAGGUGGAAGUGGCCGAUAAGACAUGGUGGGGAUUGGGGGUGGCUGCGGAGUCCGCACCUCGGAAGGGGGAGAUCGAUCCCACACCCAAGUGCGGGUACUGGACCGUCUGGCUCUUCCCCAAACAUGGCUGCGUGGCCCGCAUCGCCCCGUCCCUGACCCCCCUCAGCCCGAGUGCCGGGCCCCGGAAGGUGGGGGUCCUGCUGGACCACGGGGCUGGGCAGGUUUCGUUUUACAAUGCGGAUAACAUGUCCCAUCUGCACACCUACACCCACCCUUUCGCCGAGAGGGUCUACCCUUUCUUCUGACCCGGGCCCAAUCACGACGGAUCCAACUCGGCUCCUCUGAGCAUCUGCAGCGCCAGAGCUCAAUAAACCCCGUCCAUCCCAUAAUAUCCGCCAGGCCGGAUCUCACAGCUCGGUCCUUUCUGGAUUCCUGAAAUGGGGGUGGGAAGGAGAGGAUUGGAGGAGAAACGCAGCAACUGCUUCAGUGAGUGGGGUGAAAAUGCGGAGACCAACCCCAGGAGAGAAAGGAAUGGCCACUCGGCCCGUCAAACCACUCAACAGAGGGUGACUGACCCUCCACCUCGCCUUCAUGUCCCUAGCUGUCUCUCCCCCAACCCCCCCACCACCUUGACGCCUUUGGCCUGUGGAAUCCCAUUUAUUUCUUCAAAAUAUUCAAUGGCAUCAUGGCCUUCUGUGGUAGAGAGGUCCACAGGUUCACCAGCCCCUUAAGUGAGGAUAUUUCUCCUCACUUCAGUGCCAAAUGGUCUAUUCUGUAUUCUGAGACCCCAUUGGUCUAGACCUCAACAGCAUUGCGCCCCCCACCGCCCCUCUCCCUCCAGGCAAGGCAAGCAUUCAGUCUCUCCAGAGCUGUUGGAAUUUUAUGCAUUUUAUAGAAAUCCUCUCUCAUUCAGGCCCAGUCGCUAUCAGGGUGUGGAAAUUGACGACAUUACAAUUUGUAAUGCCACCUAAGAGGAUCCUGGACUCCAACUGGAACAGCGGGGGAUGUGGGGUUGAAAGUGGGGGGCGGGAGAGAGAGAGAGAGAGGAACGAGGGUGGGGAGGGAGCACCAAUGGAAGUAGGUUACCGAGUGAACAACUGCAGACAUGCAGAGAUGCUGGAGAUCAGAAUGGGGGAGAGGGGUUCCCAGCACUUGUAGGAAAAGUUGAGGCAGGGACAGUCACAGGACUUGAAGGGUCUGGCUAAUGCUCAGAGGGUUUCAAUCCCAGCCCUGCAACGUAGCUAUAGAGCAAUAAGUUUUGAGUUGCUUUCCUUAGAGCAGAGAAGACUGUCGGGGGUGGGGGGCGACCUGUUUGAGGUGUGGAAGAUUAUGAGGGGCAUGGACGGCAUGGAUAGAAAACAGCUGUCCCUCUCAGUCGAAGGGUCAACAACCAAAAGGCUUAAUUUUGAGGAGUUUAGAGGGGAUUUGAGGUAAACAAAUUUCACCCAGAGGUCACCCAGGGAUCUGGAAUGCACUGUCUGGGAAGGUAGUUGUGAGGGGAAACUUCACAACCUUUGGAAAAGUGCACUUGAAAUGUCACAACAUUCAAGGCUUUGGGCCAAAUGUGGGAAAGUAGCACUGAUAUAGAUUUAGUGAACAAAAACAGCAAUUGCUGGAAAAGCUCAGCGGGUCUGGCAGCAUUUGCAGAGUGAAAUCAUUUCUCACCACAGAUGCUGCCAGAGCUGCUCAGCUUUUUCAGCAAUUUCUGUCUUUGCUUCUGAUUUCAAGCAUCCACAGUUCUUCUUGGUGGGUUUAGUGCAGUUUUAUUUCAGUGCUGAUGGGCCUCUUCUGUACUGUAAAGUGGAAUUUAGAUUCAAAUAAUCCCACCUGGAAUUAUUAGACCAUUGGGUCUAAUGGUGACUACAGACUUGUGUCCGUUGUUGUAAAAAAACCCAUCUGUUAGAUUAAUGAAAGAUAGGUAGAACUACAGAUGCUGGAGUCAGAGAUAACACAGUGUGGAACUGGAGAAACACAGCAGCCCAUGCCCCGCACCUCCUCUCUCUCUAUUUAUUUCUCAGCUCCCUUCCCCCUCCCCCAUUUCUGAAGAAGGGUCCCGACCCGAAACGUCAGCUUCCCUGCUCCUCUGAUGCUGCCUGGCCUGCUGUGUUCAUCCAGUUCUACACUGUGUUGUCUCUGUUAGAUUAAGGUCCCUUUGCGGAAAGACUUCCGCUGGCCUUAUUUUGCCUGUUCUCUGGCCUACAUCUGACUCCAGACUCACAGCGAUGUGGUUGACUCCGAAAUGGAAUUAGGGAGUCACUCAGUUCAAAGUUAAAUAGAAAUGAGUGAAAAGUGCCAGCCUUGUCAGCGACCGUGUGAAAAAAAAACACGUUCUCAAAAAUCUCCAGUAUGGCAUAAUCAAUGCCAGAGGCUCGUGAAAAGCUGACUAGAGAGAGGCAAUGUGUGGCUUGAGCCUCAGGUGUAGAGAAUAGCUGUCCCCCUUCUUUGCAAAGUGGGACAGACAGAAUGACAGAACGGUAAAGUCCAGAUGCAGGACAUUCAGCGAUGGCCCCCUGUGCACAAUUAAGUGUUGUGCCUGUUACUGUAGAGCUGAGAUAAUAGGCUUAAAAUGAUGAUGAACAGGAGCGAGGAGGACGAGGAAACAUAAUGCUUAGGGCUUAGGAACCAGUGGCAACGAUUAAUGUAAUUAAAAAUCAAUGAUUAAUGUAGUAUAGUUUUACACCAGGGAUCAGGAGAGAUCUCUUUACAGUUCCGUGGUAAAUGCCUACGAUUUUGCAAGCAUUCAAAUAUACAUUGGAGAAAGUGGGAUGAAGAGAAAGGAUUUAAAGCGAUUUAGGAUCCAGAUAAUAAAAUAGAAAUAUAAUUACUUAUUUUCGUGGAGACUCAAUUCUGAACUGGAAUGUUUGUAUCGACUGCUCUGUAUCCUUAUUGUAGUUUUAAUGUCUUUCACCUGUAUAUGCAUUCAGACUCUUUACACUUGAGAAGACACUGUGCUCGAGGUAUCAACGCAUUAAAACAAAAAGAAAUGUU